GUCGUUUUCUUCUUCUAAAAGCUCAACAUCCGCCAAUUGGAACUGGCAUUGCUUCUCUACACCUCGUCAAUGGUCUUUUCAUAGGACCCUCGAGAUUCUUUGUUUUCAAUCUUUUCUAAAAAUCUGUAUUUAUAGCGUGUAACGCCACACAACGAGCAUCAUGCCCCCAACAUUAUUACCCUCAUCAUCGGCCCGGCCUCUCAUGGCCCUCGCCUCUCGCCUCUCCUCUACAACAGCAACCACUUGCUCACUUCGACAAUCAUCAUUAACGUCAACAACAUCAACAACAUCGUCAUCAGCGACCCGAUCCUUCUCAACCACCUCCCCCCACCUCACCAAAACCGUCAAACCGCACCGCCUCCCCAGCGACCUCAUCCCCCCGUACCCCUACGGCCAGCGCCUCGUCUACAAGCAAUCCAACGCCGGCCUCUACGGCUCCGCCCGCAUCCGCUUCGGCAACACCGUCGCCCCCAAGCACAACAACAAGGCCCGCCGCCUCUGGCGCCCCAACGUCCACGUCAAGACGUUCCUCAUCCCCUCCCUCGGCGCUCGCAUCAAGACCCGCCUCACCCUGCGCGUCCUCAAGACCAUCCGCCGCGAAGGCGGCAUCGAGAACUACCUGCUCAAGAGCAAGCCCGCGCGCCUCAAGGAGCUGGGCCCCGGUGGAUGGAACCUGCGCUGGCUGCUGAUGCAGAGCCGCGCCGUGCAGCAGCGCUUCAACGAUGAGAGGGUUACGCUGGGCUUGGAGCCGAGGGAGCUGGAGGACAGGGACGACAUCAUCCAGUAUGCGCUCGAUUACGCUACUCCGGGACCGCUGAGUCUGAGGAGUAAGGCUACGUUGGCUGAGAUGAGGGCUGCUUUGGACCAGACCUUUGUGCUGGGCGACGAGGACUUGGCAGAUCUGGAGGGAAUCCAAGAGCUGUCUGACGAAGAGGAAGCGUUGUUGAUGCAGCAAAUAGACCGUGCGGAUGAGGCAGCAAGGACUAGUCAAAUCAAGGUGGAAAAGGAAAAGCAAAAUCUUGAAGUGUAAUGAUUCAAUCUGAUAGAGAUUUUUUUUUGUAUAUCAUUGUAUGUACUCUUGUAAAAUAAACCCAACUAUAUGACACAAACUAGCACAAAAACAAACUAUUGAAAUGCCGGAUAUCCUGAGUGCAGUAUUGCAGACGAAAGAAGCUUUUUUAUGCCACCACAAUCUCUUACAUGCUAAUGAAAUCUCCAACCCCAAACUUUUCUUAAAAUCGAAGGUCCCAGCCAAUCUUGGGUCCAAGGCGAGGCAGUUCCUCCGCCACGCUCUGCACAUCCUUGUCUCCUCUGCCACUCAAGCAGAUGACCAGGUCCUCGCCCUUCUUCAUCGUCUUGGCCAGCUCAAUGGCUCCAUAAAUGCCGUGAGCUGACUCCAGAGCAGGAAUGAUACCCUCCAUCUGGCUAAUCAGUCUGAAGCCCAAAAAGGCUUCGGCGUCAGUCGCAGCAAUGAACUUGGCUCGCUCACUGUCCUUCCAAGAGCUCAGCUCAGGUCCGACACCAGGGUAGUCAAGACCAGCAGAAACGGAGUGUGUCUCAAUGAUCUGGCCGUUCUUAUCCUGGAGCACGUAUGUUCGGACUCCAUGAAGAACACCCUUGGAUCCACCGCUGAGGGUUGCACUGUGCCUUUCCGUGUCGACACCAUCACCGCCAGCCUCAACACCCAGAAGCUUCACUGAAGGGUCAUUGGCGAAGGGGUAGAACAUGCCGACGGCGUUGCUACCUCCUCCAACGCAGGCAACAACUGCAUCGGGAAGCUUGCCGCGCAUCUGCUGCAUCUGCUUCUUGGUCUCAUCACCAAUGACGGACUGGAACGUCCUGACAAUAGUGGGAUAGGGGUGAGGUCCGAUGGCAGAUCCGAUGAUGUAGUGGGUGGUUUCGAGGUCAACAACCCAGGCGCGGAGAGCUUCGUUGACGGCAUCUCGAAGAGUCUUGCUACCGGCCUCGACAGCCACGACCUUGGCGCCAAGCAGUCUCAUUCUGAACACGUUGAGGGCCUGUCGACGAACAUCCUCAGCUCCCAUGUAAACUGUACAUUCCAUGCCAAAUUUGGCACAAACAGUAGCAGUGGCAACACCGUGCUGGCCGGCUC